AUGAACGACGUCCUAGCCACUCUCCUCGCCCUCGGCCUUCUCUACCUCGUUGUCAAAUUCGCCUUUGGAGGUCCAGCCGCUUCCUCCUCUGCAGCAAACAAUCGCGAGCCAAUUCCAGCGCACGAACAGGGCAACGCAGCUGCUGCUCGACAGAGGGCAGUGGGAGGUGGAGCUGCUUCUUCUGCCACCUCUAGCAGCUGGAUGGGAGGGGGUGGUAGUGGGAAAAAGGAAACGCUCAUCUCGCGGUAUGGUCUAGAGGGACGUUUGGGACCCAGCCCCGGGACUGGACCUGAUUCGAGCGUCGAAAAAUCGCAGCAGGCUCCUUUGCCGCCUAGCAGUAGCAGCAGCAGCAGCAACAAAGGAAAGGGUAGGAUGCAGAAUGAUUUGGAUUGGAAGAAUGGGGCAGAGGGAAGACGGCAGGAGCUAAAGAGGAGAAAGGAGGAGAUGAUCCUUGAAGCAAGGAGAAAGCUGCUUGAAAAGCAACAGCCUAGGGGCUCCGUCAUGGAGAGCACAAAUACCACAUCCGCUACCUCGUAG